AUGAAGGCUCGUUGUUUACUUGCUAGGGAGAAGUGGGCUGAGAAAGAGGAGAAACUGAGAAAGAAGGUGAGGCAGGUUCUGAAGUGCGACGUGACCAAAGCCAACCCCGUGGACCCCGUGUCCCUGCCUCCUGCCGACUGCGUCCUCUCCACCCUCUGCUUGGAGGCCGCCUGCAAGGACCCGGCCACCUUCCGCAGCGCCCUGAGAAACGUCGGUGCCCUCGUGAAGCCGGGGGGGCACCUGGUGAUGGUGACCGUCCUCCGGGAAACCUACUACGCCUUCAACAAGCAGGUUUUCUCGUGCCUCCGCCUGGAGAGAAACGAGGUGGAGGAAGCCGUGGAGGGCGCGGGCUUUGACGUGAAGUUCAGCGAGGUCCAGCCGUACCUGCCCGGCGACGUCCGCACGGACUGCGAAGCCGUGUUGAGCCUCGUGGCACGCAGGCGUGCCUCCCUCACCGGAUAG